UUUUUGAAGAACAAUGCCAUUUCCAUCAAAUUUUGAAGAACAGACGGUGUCGCCGCCGCCGGCGCUGCCGCAAGGGCGGCCUGAGUCGAUGACGGAUCCGGCACGGCUGAAGUGCCCGAGAUGUGAAUCAAGAAACACCAAGUUUUGUUACUUCAACAACUAUAGCCUGUCUCAACCCCGCCACUUCUGUAAGACCUGCCGCCGGUACUGGACCAGAGGCGGCGCUCUCAGAAGCGUCCCGGUAGGCGGUGGCUACCGCCGGAAUGCGUCCAAAUCUCCGGUUAACUCCCCAUGCCAAUCCUCUACUACUGCUGCAGCUGGAGAAGGAAUGAGAUUAAAUUACAAUGCGAUUAGUACACAAAAUGAAGGAGUCAAGGGUUCAAGUUAUCCCAUUGGGAUGGCCAACUUUUUAGGGUUGGAUCAACAUCAAUGGCGGCCACAACAGCUUCAGCUUCACCAAUUGCAACCAGCUCGGUUGCUCGGAAAUAAUGUCGUCGAGGCAUCGUCGAGCUAUAACAUGGUCGGGCAACAAAAGGUUAAGGAGGGGAAGCCAUUGUGGGGAGUUGUUGCAGGAAGUGAUCGCCAUUGUUGGACAGCUUUUAAUCCUUCAUCUUCUUCCCAUUCUUAAAUAUAAGAGAGUUUUAUGUUUUUUUUUUCUUUCUUAAGCUUAGGUUUUAUUUUUGUAAGCAAAUUAGGGUUUCAUGUUGAACAACUCUUUUUAGUAGUUUUUAUAAGUGAUGAAUGUUGUCUAAAAUUUUUAAUUAGAGAAAAUGAAAUAUUCAAUUUUAUAUUUA